CCCAUGAAGAACAGUACAGUCAUGACUGAGUUCAUUCUUGCCGGGAUAACUGAUGACCCACAACUGCAGAUCCCACUCUUUCUAGUGUUGACUCUCAUCUACCUCCUCACUCUGGUUGGGAACCUGGGGGUGAUCACGCUGAUCCUGCUGGACUCUCAUCUCCACACCCCCAUGUACUUCUUCCUCAGCCACCUCUCUCUGAUGGACUUCGGUUACUCCACAGCCGUCACUCCCAAAGUGAUGGCAGGAUUCCUCAUCGGAGACAAGGUCAUUUCCUACAAUGCUUGUGCUGCUCAGUUUUUCUUCUUUGCUGUCUUUCUUGCUGUGGACACUUUUCUCUUGGCUUUAAUGGCCUAUGACCGUCAUGCAGCGGUGUGUAAACCACUCCAUUACACCACCAUCAUGACACCAAGGGUGUGUGCCUGGAUGGUCGUAGGAUGCUACGUCCUUGGUUUUCUAGUGGCCUCUGUGCACACUUGGAAUGCAUUCAGUCUCUCUUUCUGCAGAUCCAAUGUGAUUGAUCACUUUUUCUGUGAUGCUACUCCCGUCCUGGCUCUCUCAUGCUCAGACAGCAACAGAAGCGAGACAGUGUUUUUUGUUUUGGUGAGCUUCAAUAUCAUCUUUACUAUCAUGGUCAUCCUGAUCUCUUACCUGUUUAUCUUUGUCACCAUUCUGAGGGUGCGCUCAUCUGAAGGACGCCAGAAGGCCUUUUCCACCUGUGCGUCCCACCUCACUUCCAUCUCCAUCUUCUAUGGGGCAGGCGCCUUCAUGUACCUACAGCCCGGCUCCCGCCACUCCAUGGACACAGACAAAAUGGCAUCUGUGUUCUAUGCCUUGGUUGUUCCCAUGCUGAAUCCACUGAUCUAUAGUCUGAGGAACAAAGAGGUCAAGGGUGCCUUAAAAAAGGCUGUGGGGAAAGCAAAGUCUUCUCUAAGAUUCAUAUCUUUAUUAUAUAGAAACAACAGUAGUGUGGUUUCAUAUACCUGA